GCCGUGGGGACGUCGUCCAGCUCCUCCGCGACGCGCACCAUGUGACCGACGUGAGGCGCACGGGACUGGAGUCAGCGGCGCCGCGGCACGGCCCCGCCAUGGGAGCCUCUUGGCGACGCAGUGGGUCCGAGUCCACCACGCCUUCUUGAGUCGAACGCGGGGCAGCAGUGCGGGGACGCGCUGAGAACAGCGGAACACAUUCCAGGAGUGGUCGGCCAUGGUGCCAUGGUGCCGUGAUGCCGGGCCGCCGACGCCACCGCCUCCGCUUCGACCUCAACAACUUCAGCCCCGGCCCAACAGGGCUGGCGGGCAGCCCCGGCCUCGCAGGCAGCCCCACCUAGGCCGUCUGGCCGCACGCCCGGGCGCGCUCACGGCGUCGACGGCCUGGCCCAAGGCCUGGCCCAAGGCCUGGCCAGCGCCGAUACCACGCCUCGGCGACCUCGCUAUCGCGCCAUCCCCAUGCACCCGCCGCGAUUAAGGAGAACGGCAAAAAAUAAAAAUAAGACGGGGGGCGGGAUCGAACCAGGCUCCGCGCGCUGGGAGGGAUGAGCUCCCUGACUCUAGGCAUCCCGCUGACCGCCAUCACCGUGCUGGGCCUGCUGCUCAACCUCUACAUCAUCCUGGUCGUCAUCUUGUCCAAGCAGGUGCACACCGCCAACAACCUGCUGCUGCUCCACCUGGGCGUGGUGGACGUGUGCGUGGGGCUGGUGCUGGGGGUGCUGCUCGUGUGUGGGGGCGGCGGGGGCGGCGCGGUGGUGGGGCCCGUCAAGGCCUUCCCGCUGGACCUGGCCGGCCUGCCCCGCGCCGCCCCCUGCUCCAUGCCCGGCUUCCUGCUGUCCGUGCUGCACCCGCUGGCCCUCUGGACGCUGUGCGGACUUCACACCGACCGCUACUUCGCCAUCUCCACGCCGCUGCACUACGGCGCCAAGGUGAGCACGCGCAAGGUGCUGUGGGGGCUGGCGGCCUCGUGGCUGGGCUCCCUGUGGCCGCCGUCAUGGCCGUCCUGGCCGCCGUGGGGGCCGGUGCUGCAGGCCGGCAUCUACACCACCGCCACCCUGCUGCUGCCCGCCACCAUCGUGCUCGUGUGCAACCUCAAGGUGCUUAUGAUCGCGCGGCACCACCGGCACCGCAUCGCGUCCGCCAUCUUCGAGGUGACGCUGUCGGCGCAGGUCACCAUCACGCACCAGCGCAACCCCUUCGCGCCGGGCUACAACCCGGAGCAGGGCGAGCAGGGCCCGCCGGGCAUCAGCCCCGGGGCGGCGGCGGCGGUGGCGGCGGCAGCGGCGGCCAAGUUCCGGAGCCGCUCCGCCCUGUGCCCGGUGCUGCAGCUGCUGGGGUCGCUGGUGCUGCUGUACUUCCCGUACUACGGCCUCAUCCUCUGGGACGCGCUGGCCGCCAGCCACGCCGUCAAGGCGCCGCACCCGCACAUCACCACGCUGGCCAUCUGCCUCAUCACCUGCAGCCCGCCCGUCAACGGGCUGCUGUACGGCGUCAAGAACAAGGUUCUCCGCAAGACGAUCCAGAACUACUGGCGGAAGCAGAUGUCCAAGAGCGAGGUGAACCAGGAGAUCCAGGCGCGCACGCCGUCGACGUGCGGGUCGCGGCGGCCGUCGCUC